AUGCCGUUACAGCACGACGUCAUGAAGCCUGAACUCAAACCUCCCUCGACGCACGGCCCCGUGUAUCAGAUUUCCGUGCCCACCAUCCUCACCUCCCGAGCCGAGCCAAUCUGGCGCUCCCCUACGCCCAAGCUCGGCGCCUUGACCCCCAUCCUUCCUUCACACUUUGGACAUGCGCAUGCUCAUGCUUCCUCCGACGGACGAUCACGCGAGGAUGCUCGUUUCCGACUGGCACCUCUCUUGAUCGCCAGCGGCUGAGCCUUAUCUGCACGGACCGCCACCACCUGCAUUCACCUGCAUCCACGCCCGCUUGCUUAAGUAUGGGCUUCAAUGCCUUACCUUCAGCUGCCCUAUACCCGCAUCAGCUUCUUCCCCAUUAUUACUACCUCGUCUCCCCAUCUCCUUCUCCUCGCCUUAGCUGCAUUGCCUUUCGUCCCUCGGAGCGUUCCAGCACCACCGUAUCUUGGCCUUCUUAAUAUUGCUGCCCAGCACCCCACCCGAUCUUCCCUCGUUAUAAUACGACACGGUCUUUCACCUUUUUUCUUGGCCCAUCGGGAUAUCACUCUGGUUCAUCUUUGCGUUCGGAGCGAACUACGACCGUCGUCGACGUGACGUCCACGACCUGACCCUCAGCAUUAUCAUAUCACUCCUCGCAACGGCGUCGACCACCAUCAUCAUAUAUCGACAUUCAUCACAUAUCGAUAGCGCCCCCAAGUCCAGCGAUUCGCCAAUCGCUACCAACGACGACAAGCUGUCGUUGUCAAUCGUUCCGCCUCCCCACCCUUCGAUCGAAUCUGGCUCCUCCCCCGACAGCUGUCUGAGCGGAGAGCUCUGGCAGCCUCUGUACUCAGUGGCAAGUGUGGCGCGACCAUUCCAAGAUUUCUCUUUCGACUUUGGCGGCGGACAUGGUCAAGAACAGAACGCCACCGAGGCGACACUCCCGGUGACCAGUGCCGAAUACCAGCAGCUCAUCACCCACGCCAUUGCGGAUCCGGGCUAUCUGCAACCGCAGCAGUCCUCGUAUGCGACGCAGAACAACUACACUCAUUAUGGAGCCUCCAACAUCCUCCCUUCUCCCGUGUCUGCACCAGAGCCGAUCUACGGCAUGGGAGCGACACCACAGCAACAGAUACUCGCGUCCCAGAAACCUCGCCAGAUGUCCCAGAUCCCGCAAGUCGCCUCGGCCCCCCCACACUACGGCAGUCCCUACCAUAGUCCACCCGUCAACGUCAGCCAGUAUCAGCAAGAUCCCGCAGCUGCGGCGCAACAGCAUCCAUCGUCCCGCAAGCGCAGUUUCCAAGAAGAGUACGACCACUACAGCGCCUAUCAAGGCCUUCAACAGCUUCCCAGCCGGGAGUUCACGCCCUACGCACAGCAAGCACAACAGCAACAGAUCGGAUUUCACUACCCCCAGUAUCCGUCCCAGCGGUCCUCCCCACACCCUUCGCAUUCCAGCCAGUCGAUGCGCUCGACUUCCCAUCAAUCCACGGCCGCGCACCAACAACAGCAAGCAUCCCAACACCACCAUCACCGUCUCCCCAACCAACAACCCCCCAACAAACUCGCCCGCUGGGACCUCUCACCCACGGACGACGAGGAUGACCACGGCCCUCCCUCCGUGGUGGGACAACCAGGCAUGCCCGCACCGGCCCCGCGCCCCAAAGGGCCCAAGCUCAAAUUCACCCCCGAAGACGACGCGCUCCUGGUGGAGCUCAAAGAGACGAAGAACCUCACCUGGAAGCAGAUUGCCGAUUUCUUCCCCGGCAGGAGCUCGGGGACGUUGCAGGUGCGGUACUGCACGAAACUCAAAGCCAAGCGAGUCGUUUGGGGGGAUGAUAUGGUACGUUCUACUACCAUUUAACAACAACUGAAAACCACCAGCCGCCGACGUAAUCGUCAUCUCGAACGUAAUGUCUAUUGUUCUUCGAUUUCAAUAGAUGACGUGUCUGCGGCGGCGGCGCUGGUGGUUCCAUGCGGUGACUCUCUCGCCCGUCCCGUCCCGUCUUCGCCCUUUUGUACCUUUUUCAUCAUCCUGUACGUGGAGAGUCACUUGCAUUCCCCCUUGCGUUCUCCCCCUCGAAAUACCACAACCCUGCUAACGUUUCUCCCCUCCUUACAGGUUGCCAGACUCCGCAGCGCAAUGCAUGAGUACGACCAAGACCGCUGGCGCAUCGUCGCGAGUAAAGUCGGCAACGGCUUCUCCGCCGUGGCGUGCAAAGAGAAAGCCCUCGAGCUGGAGGGCUUCCUCCCACCUCCCCACCAACCGGAAGGCCUCGACGACCAAGAAGAAGCAGAAGACGAAGAAGACGAAAGUACCACAGGAUUCCCACCAUCACAUGGGUAUGACGAUUUCCCAGUUAGGACGACGACAACCACAACAACGACGGACGAGCACGACGACGAGAAGCAGUCAUCAGCAGCAGCAGCAGCGCCACCACUUCAGCCUCAGUCAUCACAUCAACAACAACAGCAUUUUGGAGCUCUAUCGGGUUGA